AUGUUGGAAGCCACUCGGCGAUGGUUCCGCCGAAAUAGGACACCGCUCGCUGUGAGCGUGGGUGUAGUCGGCGCGGGCUAUGUCGUGUCGCAGUAUGUCAUGGGCAAGAUCAACGAUGCGCGUGAGCGCAUGAGCAGCGAUCGCAUCGCCAAGGAGAACCUCCGCCGCCGAUUCGAGCAAAACCAAGAAGACUGCACAUUUACUGUGCUCGCACUCCUCCCCUCCGCAACGACGAAUAUACUCGAGGUCAUGAACACGGAGAAGAUCACCUACGAGAUCCAGAAGAUGAAGGGUCAGACCAAGAGCCUCAAGAGCGGCAGCGGCAGCCCGCCGAGCAUCGCAGAUACUACCAUGACAGAAGACGACGGACGGAGCAUGGUCAGCAGCAGCGUUCAGAGCGAGAGCGGCGUGCACGCGAGCCAGUUGACGGUACCGGCCCCGACGUCGGCCGCCGCGGGAGGGGCCGCCGAGGGUGCGCAACAGGAUGGCGGCGCGGCGGCGCAGAAGAGUCGGAAGUCGAAGAGGCAGUUGUGGGAUGAUCUGACCAUCAGCUCCAUAACAAGAGCGUUCACGCUAUUAUACACCCUCGCAUUGCUGACGAUGCUGACAAGAGUCCAACUCAACCUCCUCGGCCGCCGUAGCUAUCUCUCGAGCGUUAUAUCCCUAGCGACUGGUACUGCCCAAGCGACUAUCAGUCUGGAGAACAAUGACGACGACGGCCUCGACCAGCCUUACGGCAACGACUUUGAGACGAACCGUCGCUACCUGACCUUUAGCUGGUGGCUCCUGAAUGAGGGGUGGAAAGAGCUCGGCCAGCGCGUCGAGACCGCCGUCCGCCAGGUCUUUGGCCACCUGAGCCCGCGCGACCUGCUCAGCUUCGAGCAGUUCUCGGAGCUGACGCUCGCGGUGCGCAAGGCCGUUGAGGGCGCCACGCCCGAAGAGCGCAGGGCCGCAAAGUGGCUGCCCUACCUCCUCCCGCCGCGGGACAAGGAGGACCACGUCCUCCGCGAGUCGGGCAUCCUGGAGGAGAGCACUGUGAUGCUGUCCGAGAGCGCCACGUCUCAGUCUUCGCCGUCAUCGUCGCCCGCAGUGAGAAGGCUGCUCGACGAGACGUCGGAUCUCAUCGAGUCGCCCUCCUUCACGCACGUGCUCACGCUCAUCCUCGAUGCCGGCUUCUCCCUGCUCGUGGAUAAGAAGCUCUCGUCAGCAGCCUUUGAUAAGCCGGACCUCGCCGAGUCGGAACCGCGCUCGUCGCAGGUGGUCGUACUCUUGCCCAAAAUCCUCUCGGUCCUCACGAGGCAAGCCCACAUCAUUGGCAACGGGAUGCCGAAUGAGUACCUACAGGAGAUGGAGCAGGUCGCCGACCUCGAGGGCUUUGCGGCCGUGGUGUACUCGAGCAAUUGGGAGAAUGAGAUCCACCACGACGACGAGGGCAUCAUGGCGAGCGCCGUUGACGUGAGGGCCAGCGAAGUGCCUCGCGCCAGCCAGGGUACUGCUGCAACUUUCCCAAGUCAGACGCAGGGGACGACGCAGGGCACCGGAGAGGAGAGCCUCGUGAUGGUGAACCCGCAGUCUAGCUUUGAGAGCGCGUGGGGGAGGGCGGUGGACAGCAAGUAG